AUGACUACCGGAAGCUUCUUUCAAAAGGCUCAGAACUUUAUCUUUUCCAAGGAUUUUAUCAAGUGUAAGGAGUUUUACAUUUGCUCAACCCAUUUCUGGGGCCCCGUCUCCAACUUUGGUAUCCCUGUGGCUGCUGUGCUUGAUCUCAAGAAGGAUCCUACUCUUAUCUCGGGCCCUAUGACUGGUUCUCUUAUUAUUUACUCUCUCGUUUUCAUGAAAUAUGCUACCGCCGUCACUCCUUGGAACCCUCUGCUCUUUGGCUGCCAUCUCGUCAAUGAAGCUGCCCAGCUCGCUCAGGGCGCAAGAUACGCAAACUACUGGUACUUGGGUGGCAGAGAGCGCGCCAUUGCUGCCGGUACUGUCCCCGCAGAACCCGUCACUCCUGUUGCUGCUGCUCCCGUCGAGAAGAAGGACUAA